UCUCGUGGGAUCGUCGAGUAACCACCACCACCGAGGCAACAGAAACACCCGAAACACACUCGUCGCCCUCGCAGUCGUCUAGUGGGCGAAUCGUCGAGGAGUCGCGUGAGAGGAGCGGUCGGCGGCAAAACGGCCGAUCGUGCGGACCCGCUGAGUGCUAUUCCGCGGCUGCGAGGACCAGCAACAGCCCGAAGAUUCUCCCAGCAAAGGGCAAGAUGCACAUGGAGGUGCAGGUGGCGCUCAACUUCGUGAUAUCGUACCUCUACAACAAGCUGCCGCGCAGGCGGGUGAACAUCUUCGGCGAGGAGCUGGAGAAAGCGUUGAAGGACAAGUUCAAGGGCCACUGGUACCCGGAGAAACCGUUCAAGGGAUCCGCGUUCAGAUGUUUGAAGACUGGCGACCCCGUGGACCCGGUUCUCGAAAGGGCGGCCAAAGAGAGUGGCGUGCCGAUUCAGGACAUCCUCGAGAACCUACCGGCGGAGCUCGCCAUCUGGGUGGACCCCGGGGAGGUGAGCUACCGGAUCGGCGAGAUGAACGCGGUGAAGAUUCUGUACUCUGAGACUGGCGAUCCACACGACGAGAGUUCCGCCGACCGAGAGGUGACCAAGACGUUCAACCCGGAGGCACAAUGCUUCAGGCCUAUCGAGGCCGUGGGCACGUCUCUGAGCGGGCUCAGCCUCAGCCCGAAGUCCACGUCGCCGUUCCCGAGCUCGUUGGGAAGCAACGCGAGCAACGGGUCGUCGAACAAUCAGCAAAGUGGCCACGGGUCCGGUUCCUCGUCGGCACCGUCGCCAACGCCCAUCACGAGCUCGUUCAAGGGCUCGCCUAGUCCUGUCCCAGCUUUCAUCCCACGUACCACCGCGCCGCUCACAUUCACCACCGCCACCUUCGCGCAGACCAAGUUUGGCAGCACCAAACUGAAGACCAGCAGCAAACGGGCAAACAGAAUGUCCCCCACCGAGUUCUCGAACUACAUCAAGCAGCGUGCCAUGCAGCAACAGAUCCACCAUCAUCAUCACCAUCAACAGCACCAACAGCAGCAACAGCAACAGCAACAGCAGCAACAACAGCAGCAGCAGCAAGCAGCGGCUGGCGGUCUGCCAGUGUCGCAGAGCUCUCCUCGCAGUCGCAGCCUCUCGCCAGGAAGCAUAGUGACAGGCGCUGGUCAGCAACACGCCGACCCAAGCGCGUACUUCUUUCAGCACGGCCCGGCCGCGUAUCACCCACAAUUCCCACACCGCAACAUCUUCGACUCGUCCAGCCACGGUGGCUACCUCUCCGCUGAUUUGUACACAGGCGUGAACUUUCCGUCGUCCUACCUCGACCCAACGACCAUCGCUGGCCACCAGUUCUACGGUGGCAGCGUGAACGGAACCAGCAACGCGGCCGGCAGCAACGGGAACUCGCAGAGUGCCGGAAAUCUCGGCCCGGUCGGCUCAGCAGCGACGAACAGCAACGUGAACGGCUCUGGCCAGCAGCAAGACAAAACGACGUUGGUCGAGGGUCUGAACAACUUCGGCCUGGGCUCGGUGACGCCGUACCCGGCCAGCCAGUACCAACACCUGCUCGUAGCCAACUAAUACCAACCGGCGCGAGUGGAGACCGAGCGGCUGGCGCGGCUCGAAUCGCGCCUGAUCCUCUGCUGCUUCGCCGGGCAGGAAGGUGGAGGAUCGGAGGAUCGUCUGAGAGACCGGGCCGUUUCCUCAUGACCGUUCCAGUCUCUCGUUCAACGUGCGACCUCGAGACCGACGUCCAGAGUCUAGGUUCCGUGACCCUGACACACACACACACA